UGUAAACUCGGUGAAGGUAAAGAUGAGUUUUCACCGUGGUCCCGUGGCCGUUCGGUUUGCACUACCAGUGAACUAAGUUUUGCAGGAAAGUUUUUCCCAGCAACAACCAAGCACCAAAGUUUUCCAGAAGUGUGUGAUCCCGCUACUGCUGCUGCUGCUGCUCCUCUACGGCAAAAACCGGGGGAAAAACUUUGCAAACUUUGGGAGCAACAGCCGAAAAACUUUUCGCACCCCGCUCGCGCGCGUUCCUUCUUCGCGAAAAUCGUUCAAGCCCGCUAGCAAGCGGGCAAACAGCAGUAAAGUUUUUCCGCGAUCAAAAGUUUGCAAGUUUUGAAGUCGCGUGGAAAGUGUUUGGGUGGAACAGUGUGCUGAGCGCCGCGCGAUCCCGGGGGCGAGACGAACGACAAUUAUUUCUGGCUAGUCCUCUGCCCCAUCUCUCAUAGCGUUGCAUUUGUCGAAGAGAAGCGCUAAGUUUGCCGGUGAAGAAAAGUUUCCAGCAGAGCAGGACGCAGCGCGGGGAAAGCCGCUAAGAAUCGGGCCACCAGACGACGCCGAAGUUGAAAUAAUUAAUUUAAAACAAAUCAGCAAACUAGGGAAGUGUGUGCGGUUUUUCCGAAUGUUCGGUUCGGCGCCCUUUUCGGGGGAAAACUUUUGGGCCUCUCGUGCAGCCGCGGUACUUCCGGGUGCAGACCAAGUACAGCAGGUACAGAGUGGAAAAAAGUUCCGAAAAGUUUGCGAAUUUUACGUGCGCUCCGAUUAGGAAGAUAAGUGAAAAUAAAUAAAACACAAAACUGAUAGGCCGCAAAAGAAGGUGCAAUUAUAAACAACAAACAGCAGCCGGUCGAGGGAGAGGGAGGAAAUUCCAACAAAUUGAAAAGUAGAAUCUACGCAACUGCAGUUUUGAGUGAAAAGUGGUUUGCGGUCGAGCGGUUAGAAGGUGCGCAGGAUAAACUGGACCUGGAAGGGAGAGGAUACCGCAAAAGGACGAUAAGAUUAAAACAGUGCAAUACUUGUGACGUAGAUGAAAGUGAACUGAGUUGAACUGCGAAUUUAGCCUAGUGAAAAAAAGGGCAAUACCUAUACGAUUUUUACCGAUAUCACCAAAUAAGUUAAGCAAGUGUUACUCAAACGAAAAAAAAAACAUACUCGUUAGUUUUACCCUAAUAGUGCUAGUUAAGAGCCGAACAAAAUGAUCGAUAACAGUUACUCGUACGUUACGCGGGACAACCUGCGCUACACAGACCUUAACGACGGUCGAUCGUACGCCCAGAUGAGUACCCUAUCUUCGCCACCGUCGAUGGGGAACCGACUCGGGGAGUACGAUCCGACGGCAUCACACCUGACGAACCAUCGUCCGUACGAACCGGCCCCUCAGACGGCUUUCGAACGAUACGACACCAGUUAUCCACCCCAGCGAAGUAAUCUCUACUCCUCGUACGGAUACUCACAGUCCAUCAUCGACGAAGAGCAAAAAUAUCUCGCCGCGGAGCCUCCAGCUCCGCCGGAUGUUCAAGCGGCUCAGCAUCACCUUGGACUGUCGGCUGGGCCGACCGAUCGCCACCAUCCGAUGAUGAAAGUCGAAAUGGACGAAUCCAGUGGACCAAUCUAUCCCCGGCCCAUGUAUCAUUACGAUCCAACGUGUGGCACGAUGCCGCCCGGAUUCUCCGCGAUCAAUCUGAGCGUUAAGGAAGCGAGUCCUCCAAUCCCGUACAAAACCAGCGGAACGCCCUCCCCCAAUCCGGGCAGUCGAAAACCUGACGAUCAUCGUACAAACAAGAUCUCGUCGACCAGUCCGGAACCGGGCGCGAGUCCACAUCAACGAAGCAGCCCGCAAGCGUCACUGGAUCUCAGUUCCAACAAUAGCGGUGGAACGAGUCCCCACUUCGCCCGCAACACCACGAACGGAGCAACGAACGGAAGCAGUGCCGCUGGCACCACUGCUGCUUCGGCAACGAACAAUAAUAACAACAACAACAGUACGAACAACAACAAUAACGCAGUGUAUACGAAUGACGUGCCGGAAUCGCGUACCACUUCCUCGGACGUUGUUGGUCCGACCGAAUUCAGCACAUCCGGCGAGCAGCGUCCUCUGGGGAUCGGUUUCGCUCGACCCCAGCCACCGUCCGCUUCCUACAGUCGCGAGUCCACUCCGGACAGUGGCGGUUCGUACUACGCGGACACGUACCGUGACACCAGUGGCGGAGGUGGUGGUGAGUGUCCAUCCGUUACGGGACCGGACCGGGGUCAGGCUUUCUUCUCGAGCGAGAAUCUUUCGCCGUACUCGGCUGGUUACAGUCCGCACGCGAGCUACGGGAUGGUUGUACAACCGGACUACGCUAACGGUUAUCCUGGAUAUGGGCCUCCGAAUGCCUACCAGUACAGUGGACCGUACGCCAGCUCGCUUGGCAGUGGCGUCUAUCCGCCGUCGGUUCCGUCCGGCUAUCCGCCGAGCAGCAGCGCAAGCUUUGUGACGCCGCCGGCGCUUGGACAGCACAUUUCGCCGCACGAUAAUCUGCUGAAGGCGGGUCUCACAGGUUACCAGCGCCUCGAACGGCCGCAGUUCCCUUCGCAAUCGCAGGAGCUGAAGUGCCCAACGCCUGGCUGUGACGGAUCCGGCCACGCCACCGGUAACUACAGCUCCCACCGGAGCCUCUCCGGUUGUCCCCGUGCAUCGAAACCGAAAAGCAAGCCCCGCGAUGGACAGGAAUCCGAACCACUCAGCAGAUGUCCGAUUCCGGGCUGCGACGGAUCCGGCCACUCGACGGGCAAGUUCCUGUCCCACCGAAGUGCGUCCGGCUGUCCGAUUGCGUUCCGCAACAAGAUGCAUAUCCUGGAGAAUGGUGGCACGAUCGAGCAGGCGAAGGCAGCGAUGGCGCAGGCCGCGGCCGGCAAGUUCGAACCGUUCACCUGUCCGACGCCGGGCUGCGACGGAAACGGACACGUAGACGGUACCUUCAGUACCCAUCGAUCGGCCGCGAGCUGUCCGACGGCACAGCAAGGAGGGGGUCAACAGGCCAGCAAGAAGGCCCGCUACAGCGACGAAGUGCUGAUGAACUCGUCGGCGACAGCCAAAUCGUUCAACGCAGACCUGGCCACGGGUUACAAUCCGACGAAGAACGGACUGCUCGGUACAAGCGGCGGCUCGGCUAUCGUAACGGGACCACCGUCCCUGGGCAGUGUCCUCGGUGGUACGGCGCCGGAUGAUCAUCGUUCCAAAAACGAUCACUCCUCGGUGAGCGCAAGUCAAAUUGUUGGAGGAGGAGGAGGCGGAGUGCCACCACAGUCGCAGUCGCAGUCGAACGUAAUCACCGGGACAGGGCCAGGGCAGGGAGCCGGUGGCGGUGGAGGAGGUGAGGACAUUUUAACCUUGGACGAGGAGAUCACCGAGCUUAAGCGGGAGAAUGCCCGAGUCGAGCUGCAGAUGCUGCGGCUCAAGUCCAACAUCAACGCGAUGGAGUCCCAGCUGAACAACAACGAGCCGAAGCUACUCGAGAUCGGCACGCGGGGGAUCACAUGAAAUUUCCUGACCUGUUAGAGCUUUUUAUUUUCCGCAUGAGUGCUACGAACGAGUGAGUGAGCGAGUGAGUGAAUAAUGGGAGUUCAAGUGAAGUCCUACUGUAUACUAAAAAGUAAGAAAAAACGGGAAAGUGCAUAAAGAACCGAUGUUGGUGGUAGAGUUUAAGGAUGGUUAGAGGAGAAAUGGGAGAAUUGAAAAUUGCUAUAACGAUUACCGAUAAUACGCAGACACACUCACACAAAAGAAAAAAAAAAAAUCAAUGAAAAGAAGUAAACCUAGUCGAAAUGUGCUAUACGACUCAUUUUAAUUAUUAUCGAUUAAAUUUAACGUACUAAGAAAAACCAAGUCAGAACGCGUGACACAAAAAUCCAAGUGCAGAAAUUGUAAUCUAUUAUUUUUGAAUCGUGCUCGGAGGAAACGAAACGAAAAAGCUGAGAAAAAUCCCCUUUGAGGUGAAUUGUGGAAAAUAAAUCAUAAAAAAGCAAGUGUAGACGACAGCUGAGAAGAACACCCCCGAAAAGACGACAGUCUCUCUCUCUCUCUGACAUAUUAGCAAAAUUGUAAAAAGUCAUUAUUGUAUGUAACCCAGUUAUGAAUUUUAAUAAUAAUAAAAAUUACAUAUUUGUGAUAAUAAUA